AUGGGCGCCAGUGCAGUGGAAAUCCAUACCGAUGCCUUCUCUCAACUUGUCGAGCUCGCAGCUCGUGCCAUCAACAACGAUGACCUGCCAGGCGGCAAGUCGCUGGCCGACUUUGCGAAGGAAGGCCGAUACAAUUAUCCUCCGUCUUUCGCGGCCGCCGUGGUCUUCAGCGUCAUCUAUGGCCUCGCCAUGGCGACCAAUCUGGUGCAGAUUGUUCGUCAUCGUGCCUGGUUCUGGUGGGUGAUGAACUUUGCCGUUGCCAUGGAAUUGGUCGGAUACAUUACUCGAGCGAUCUCAGUCAAGGACCUCGGCAGCAGAAACGUCUUCAUCGUCCAGCUGGUCAUGGUCCUGGUCGCACCCGCAGUCAUGGCCGCCGCAUGCUACAUGUCAUUUGGUCGAGUGGUGAUGUGGGUAAUUCCUCGGGAAUACCAAAGCGCCAAAACCCUCUGGGUGCCAGCACGCCGAGUGACGCCGAUAUUCGCGGGUUGCGACGUGCUCAGUUUCUUCAUCCAGGUCGCCGGCGGCUCGAUGAUCGCGUCAGGAAACACCCACGCCAAAAUCAACACGGGGAGAGAUGUGGUCUUGGUCGGCCUGGCGCUGCAAUUGGCGACGUUCGGCUUCUUCGUCGUGACGGCAUUGCGGCUAAUGUUCAUGUUGAAGACCAAAUUGCUGAACGUUGCACUGCCGCGCGACCGGAACUGGCCUCUGUUCCUGUUCAUGGUCAACGUGGCCAAUGUGCUGAUCUUGAUCCGGACGACGUUGCGAUUGAUCGAGUACGCAUUGGGGGACACCAACUACCUCCUCGACCACGAAUGGUUCUUCUAUGUCUUCGACUCGGUCCUGAUGUUCCUCGUCGUCUUGGUCUUCAUUGUCUUUCAUCCGGGUCAUUACCUGCCGUAUCUGGGCUUCAAGAGGAAGGGGUUGCACUUCUCGAAGAAUGCCGACAAGGGACUGUUCGCCUCGUUGGCUAGGGGUAGCAAAAUACCACCAGAGUUCGUCCAGAUGGAAGGCGGAGAGGUGCAGAGCAGAUGCGGGUUGGAUCGACUAGCCGUCCCAGUAUAG